CUCUUAUAGUUCAAUCUAGGCAAAGGUGAAGGUUGACAAAAUGGCCGCCCCCAUGAGAAGGUUGUUUUGUACGUUUUCCAGAUUAAAAUCGUUUAAAGCUAUAUCUCCAAUAUAUUUGAGAAGAUUAUCAAGUUACUCUGAUGACUCUUCAAACAAAAGAUCCACCCAGUCAUGUUUGUCACCUGACGGUAGUGCCAUUCUCUUCUGGCAUCCAGAACAAAAUUUUCCUUAUGAACACUCACAGCCCAUUCCUAGAAAAGUACAAGAAUUAGAAGAGGGUGAUACAGUUUUAAAAGUUCAGUUAUUAAAAGAAGAGUCAGUAAAACAUAGACCUGAUGGACCAACAGACGCUGAAUUAUCCAAUAUAUUUUAUGAAACAAAACAUAGAUGGUUUCCACGACCAGAGAAAAAAUAUAGAAAGGUUAAUCCUCCAAAAGAUAGAGACGGUCUGUAGUGUGCAUAGUUAUUGUUAUAACUGGAAAUAAACUUUAUUUACAAAGUGACAGUCAAAUGAUGCAAAAAUAAAGUGAAAGUGGAAUGAUACCCAAAAACUGAAAAUAGAAUUGCUUUUGUAGAUUAAACUUGUGUGUCAGGAGAGAAAAACAUACAUGAAUUUGACAUGAUAUGGUGACUUUUUCAAGGGACUCUAGGCUGUUCACAAAGGUUGGAUCCAUCUACUUCAUACUUCGAGAAUAGAUCUUUGCCCUAAAUGGCUGCCAUAUCCGAAAAUUAGUAUACUAUUUUGUAUUGCAGUUUUAUUCCGUUUCACAUCUGUCAUACACAUAAAGAACAAAUAAACCUUUUCAAUGUUAUUGAAUAGAUGCGUAAUAAAUACUUCUCAAAAUUCUCGAAGUAUACAUAGUGUUUUCAACAAAAAUCAUUGAUUUAGGACUUAAAAUGUCGAUCAACUAACUUAGUGCCUGUUCUCAAGCGGAGCUAACUGUAUAAAGGCAGGUUGGAUGGGAUAAAAGUUAUUGUGAUGUUUAAUAAGUUUAAUUGUUAGUGUUUAAUGGGUCUGUUUGAUAAGUUUGAUUACAAAAUAUUCAUCCAUUUUGGUAAUAUAUAGUAAAACCUUU